AUGAUGUCUACGCCGGCAGAACGGGCCUCAGCCGCCCUAUCACACAGGCCCACCAACAGCGCGGAGGGGUUGGAGAGGCCCUGCCAUGGGCACUCGCUUCAAAGUUCAUGGGCACUUUUCCUGAAAAACUCGGAAAGAAUGACUGAUGUCAACUGCCUCGGUGGGCCUAGUGAUGGUGAAGGGCUCCUGAGACUGAGGAAGAUGCCGUCAAAGGAAGACAGCCAAAGCCUGGCCUCCUGGCUGAAGCUUAAUGGCUCGCUGGCCGCAGUGGCCUUUGCAUCCUCCUCCACACACAACGCGGCGUGGUCGGGGCAAUGUUCGGCUGGAAUCGUGGCACUCCUCCUCUGCUGCUGGAGCCGCACCCGAUGCAUCUGGGAGUGCCACGGCCGGCUGAUACCUGAAACAGCAAAACAGCAUCCUUCUUCCAAUUCCGUGCAGCACAGGUUGGGUAGGGAGGGGCACUUCUCCGGCAGCAAAUACAUCGGCGUCUUCGCCCAUACGGCCAUCAGUGCAUCCAUACGAGCCUAUGCAUCCAGCACCACAUUUCAUCUUCCGUUGCCAGACUUGAGCUGA